AUGGACUCUUCCGACAGCCCGUCGACGCACUAUCUCAAUUUAUCCAUGGAUUCACCGUCAGAUGGUGGCCAGUCAACAUUCGAUUUCAAUCAGCAACAUCAACAUCAACACACACAGGAACAGCUCCAGCAACAAGCGAACGAUACUCUAAAUCAUAUAAAUCAUGACUUGUACGACUUUGGCAACCAACCUGGCCCGCAAUUGACUAGGACACCGUCGUUCAAAACCCCACAUCAACUCUCAAAUGGUCCAACAUCUUUCAACAACCAAAUGUAUAAUCCACAGCCCAUCAUGAUGCAGCAACAUCUGGCAUCUAUAUUACCAACCCCAACGCAGUCUCCACCGCCAAACGUACUUACAAUUCAACAGCAGCAAAUACACCAACAGCAGCAACAAAUGCAACAACAGCAGCAGCAGCAGCAGCAACAAACAUACCAUAUUAGCUCACCACGGCAAGAAGCUGUGCCUGAUGCUCUCGAUACCUUCAUGUCGCAGGCUCCUUCCGCUACCAACCCGAGUAAUAUAACUCCUGGUUUGGGCCUGCAAGGAUCUGGCCCACCAUACUAUUUAAACUCUUCCCCCUUUGGCGGAUCGCCACCUCCUCCAGCUGGUUUACUAUUCUCUAUAGCUGCUCCCAAUCCAACAACUUCCCCUCCACCCCAGUUCAUAAAUCAACCCUUCACGAACGCCACUGGACAGAACGUUGGUCAACAGAUAGUCUUCCAGGAACCUGCGGCUGUAAUACAGCAAAGUCGCAAUCCAAACUCUCCCCCUCCCAUGAGCACAUCUCCAGCAGUGUCAAAAUCCGUGUUUGAUGUCUCAUUGGCCGUGAACAGUAACCCGCCCCAACCACAGCAACAGCAAAUGCCAGCCAUCAAUACCAAUCAGUCUGCACCUGCAUCUGUAGCAUCCAGCACAUCACCAACACCAACUAGCCCACCGCCCAAUCUUCAGUCACCGCAGCAGAUGCCCACCAUCAUAAACGGUAGCGGUACCAACGGAAUGUUGCCAUCCGGCAACGGUUUACAAGCAUUAUAUCCAUUAUCAAUGACAACUAUGAUGACCGUACCACCCCUGCCGGCAGUGGCUUCGGUACCGUCGAAUAGUAAUAAUGGUGUACAACCUGCACCGGGCUCAGUUUCUGCGAUUCUAUCGAUGCAAAAUGCAGAAAACCUUGAGAGGAUUGAAAGCGAUCUACUACUACGUCUGGAUAAUGAAAAUAGGAACUUUUUAACUGAAGGAUUGAUUGAAGUUCAGGCUGUGCAACAAGGUGCAACCGUGACUUCUCCAUCCUCUAUAAAUUCUAGGAUAAGGUCAAUGUAUGGCCAGAUUGAAAAAAUGCAGAGAGAAUAUGGUACCACUAUAACAGAACUAUCUAACUAUGGCUACAUUGCUAAUCGGCUCAAGACUCGGUUGGAUUCCAUUCUCGUUGAUUUACGAGGAGCUGUAAAAAUUUAUUCCGACAUUGAGAAUGACCAGCAACGACAUGAACAAGAAGCUGCUCGAUUGGUACAGGAGUUGACUAUUAUAAGUGCCGCUGCACAGGCUGCUCAAGCUGCUCAGCAAGUGCAAGCACAGCACCAACAACAACAGCAGCAAUUACAACAGCAGCAGCAGCAAAUGCAACAACACCAUCAGCAACUACAACAUCAGCAGCAACAGCAACAGCAGAUGCAAGAGACACGAUCACCUCCAGCACAAUCGAUGUCUGCUCCUCCUCCAGUUCCUGAAAUGUCUGGUAUACAGGAAAUUACGCACACAUCACCGCCGCCAACGACGAUACCACGCUCGACUCCCAAUGAGAAUAAUACACAUAGUCAUAGUAUGAUGGCAGAGCAAGUCUUGUCUCGUGAUACGUCCAUGGCUCCAGCUCCUUCUAUGCAUACAGACCACGUUAUGGAGGCAUUAAACAAUGAUUCGAUGUGGGAUUUAGAUAGACAAACAUUCCAAUGCGCAGUGUGUGGCGCAAAAUUAUUGAUUGUGCAUGAGCAUAAUCAGGGCCAUUCGAAAUUCUUGCAACGGAAGGGAGGAUCUUCGAAACUGUCAGAGACUCUGACGAAACGAAAGCAGACUGCAGUCAAAAAGAAGUGGUUUGAUAAGAAUAAGAAACAGCGACCAGAUCACGAUCCAGAAUCAAAUGAGCACCUUAAAACAGUCAAUGCUCUAAGCAGGAGAGACGGUGCUGAAGAUUCUGAUGCAAGCUCUGAUGAUGGUCUAGGCGAUGAUGUAGAUGUUGAAGACGAGAACCAGGCCGAGGAAGAUUCGGGAUCUGAAGAUGAAGAUCUUCUGCCCUCAUUAAAGAUGGAAGAAGAUGACGAGGAUGACGAUGAUGAUGAUGAUGAUGACGGAACUGGUGGUUUACACAAGGAACAAUUACUGGCAUUAGAAAAGUCUGAUCCAGGCAAGAUUCUCUUCCGCGUUACUGAAUUCUUCAAGUAUUUGAAAGACAAUGAUCGCGCACUGCUGGAUUUCGAAUUGACGGAAGAUGUAGAUGAAGUAGAAGACGACGAAGCCAUGGAUGAUGGUGAAGAGGACAAGGAGGAAGCUGCGAUGAUGGAAGAAGAAGAAGGGCAUCGCAAAGUCCUGACAAUUGAAAUCGUUAACGGUUGGAAGCGCCAGUUGCUGGAGAACAAGUCGCUGAAACAUUUGAAAAAUGUUUGCGUUGCGUUCCGUAACGCUAUUGCUACCAUCAGUGGAGAUGAAACGACUCAAAGGCAUUCGUAUGAGAUUGACGAUCCCAAUGUCUUCAACCUUCUGAUGGUGAUGUGCCUGAAUGAUGUCCCAACGUCGUUCGUUCAGAAUCUAUACGGAGACAAAGUAGACGCUGAAUCUGCCUCAACCACUGCGAUGCCAUCUUCAAAACCUAAAUGGCCCAAACUCAAGACACUUGUAAAAAUCCACAUCAAAGCACUCCUUGCCUUUUUGAAUCACGCGUCUGAUGAAUCUAUGGUUGAUUAUGCAUUGCUACAUUCAGAAAGGAUGGCUGGAUUUAUUGCAUGCUUUCCCAAGUUGUGUAAGGAUUGGAUCAAGAUUUUGAUGCAACAAUGGACAUCCUCAUCGUCAAAGCUCCGAGUUCGUGCCUUUAUGGGCAUACGAAAACUAGCUCUCGUAUCAUCUGGAAUGCUUGAUAACUGUCUCAAGGCAGCAUACACAGCCUUCAUCUCCACAUGCGGCGUCGUAAACCAACACACAAUCACCAACAUCACAUUUAUGCUGAACUGCAUGGUUGAAAUCUGUGGGAUGAAUGAAGCAUCGACUUAUUACAACGCCUUUGUAUAUAUCCGUCAACUGGCCAUUCAGCUGAGAGGCGCUCUCAUGAACCCUACAAAGGAGGCUUACAGGAAGGUGUAUAAUUGGCAGUACUACUUUUGUCUCAAGCUGUGGGCACAGGUCUUGUCGACACAUGCAGCUGGAUCGGCUUCGUCCAAGAGCAAGUCUGUGUCGUCACUGCAGCCACUGGUGUAUCCUUUGGUGCAAAUCACUUUGGGUGUGAUCAAAUUGAAGCCAUCAUCGAAAUACCUCCCACUUCGAUUCAAUUUGCUCCGCCUCUUGAUUGAUUUGGGCAAGUCGACUGGAUUCUACAUACCAUUGGCAUCAGUCAUGUUGGAGAUAUUUGAAAUGUCUGACGUCCGAGGCAAAGGGCGACCAUCAACAAUCAAACCAAUGAGUUUCGCUCUAUCCAUCACAAUCCCGAAAGCGUAUCUGGGUACCCGACCAUACCAGUCCGAUGUCAUUGACGAGACUGUAGAUUUACUGUUUGAGUAUUACUGUAAUUCGGCAAAGUCUAUUAGUUUUCCAGAGAUUGCCAUCCCUUCCAUUUUGCAUUUACGAAGGCUAGUCAAGUCCAUGAACAACAUCCAAAACAAAAAGACCAUACAGACUCUAAUUGAAAAGCUGGAGGAGAAUAUCAAGUUUAUUGAAAAGCAUCGAUCUGUCGUCGACUUUGGUCCUAAUGAUUCUGCCAAUGUGGAUGCCUUCCUAUCCGAGCUAGAUCCCUCUGCAUCUCCACUAUACAAACACACACUCUCUCGCCGCAAGAUAAAAGACGCUCAACAAGCAAUACUUCGACACGAAUCUAAUCGAUAUGAAUCGCACUCUGGUAGACGAUAA